GUCAGGGGAGGGCAGCAGUGUGUGAGUUUGUGUACAGAAGAAGAGUGAGUCAGUGCACUCAGCCCCUGCAGUAAGUGCAGUAAGGAGCCUUGCUGGAACCAGAGCCAGGAGGUGCAGAGUGUGGAACUUGUGGAAAAAGAAAACACAUAAAAUUAAAAAUAAAUGUAAAAUGCAUUUUAAAAAAACCCCUCAGUGGAUAAGUGGCCUAACAUGUUUGUGCAUCUCUGGAAAGUCCAAUCCUCAUAGAUACAGGAGUCACAUUCACUGGCAUGAAUUUCAAAUUAAUCAAAUCAGUCCCUGCUUCAGUGGAGCUUACAAUCUAUAUUCCCAUUGCAUGGAUACACAUAAUAGGGUUCCAUUUGUCAGAAGCCAGUUAACGUGCCAAUAUAUCAGGAAAUGUGGAAGGAAUGCGUACCACCUGGAGGAAACCACUACAAGCAUGAGGAUAACAUACAGACUCCAUACAUAGCUGAUGGGCUGACUGGUAAACCAUAGCUGGUGCCAUCAGUGGCUGCCAUGUUGGCAUCACAUGACCUGUUGCUAUAGCAACACCGCUAGUUAGUGGCAGUUGGAAGUCAGAGCAGCAGCUGGAUGGUCAGGCGAGAUGGCCUCACAUCUGGAGGAAGCUGAGAGUUCGGACGCAGAGGAGUUUAUCGCUGAUAAGAGAAGAGUGAAGAUGCUGGCAUUAAAGAAGAGACGGAUUUUUGAUGGUUUGGAAGAGCCUGGUUUCAUCAAGAGGACCAGAAGGAGGACAUCUACUGAUUCCAAUAAAGUAGGCAGCAAAAGGAGUCUGUGUAUGGAGGAUGGCUGCAUUGUGAUCAGCUCAGAUAAUGGCAGCCAGGAAAACACCAACCAAAAGAGCGAUAAGAGCAGGAAGAGACAGGUCAAGGAUGAGGAGAGAUGUAUUAACAGCGGGAAAGUUGCAGACAGGAGGAGAAGGAGAACAUCUGGAGAGGACAUGGUGUCCAUAGGUUGGAGGAUGGCUGCAUUGUGAUAAGCUCUGAUGAUGGCAGCCAGGAUAAUAUUAACAGAAAGAGCGCUAAGAGCAGGAUACAGGGAAAGGUUGAAGAGAGUUGUAUUAACUGCGGGAAAGUUGCAGAUUUCAAGAGAAGGAGAACAUCUGGAGAGGACAUACAGAAGGAACAUGGUGACUGUGGGAGUCAGGAACGAGCAGGAGGAAGUGGUGAUCAGGAAGCUGGCCCUGGUCAUGGAGAUACAGCCUCUAUAUACAUCAAGAGGCUGUUCUUCUUGUAUGAGCUCGGCCAGGGCAACUUCGGGAAGGUCGUGUUGGCUGAGGACUCUGUCACUGGUCAGCCACUGGCUGUGAAGAUCUUUAGAAAGAAAGAUCUGCCGUUGGAGGACCGGGAGGAGGUGUUGGUGGAGCGCAGGGUGCUGGAGGUUGUGUCUGGUAGUCCUUUCCUCAUUCAUGCUCACCUUGCAUUCCAGACCCCGAAACACCUAUUCCUGGGUAUGGAUUAUGCAAGUGGCGGGGACCUCCAUCAGUUCCUGCAGAGGAAAGGCUGCUUGGACAUCACCAGUGCAACUUUCUACGCAGCAGAGAUCACGUGUGGUGUGCAGUAUCUGCACUCUAAGGGCAUCAUCCAUCGAGACCUAAAACCGGAGAAUAUCUUGAUGGCGGCAUCUGGUCAUCUACAAAUCACGGACUUUGGAAUAGCAAUAGAGAACAUCUUUGGUGACCAGACCGCCACAGAAUACGCUGGGACCCCUGGAUAUAUAGCUCCAGAGAUGCUGGCGGAAGAGCCAUAUAACGCUGGAGUGGAUUGGUAUUCAUUUGGCAUUAUCAUCAACGAAAUGAUUACCAGAACGUCUAAAUACCAUCCUAGACUGUUACUCAAAGCAAGAGCUGCUGCUGAAGACAUCGUUCAACAGCUCCUGCGUAAUGAUCCCUCCAGGCGGUUAGGAGUCAACGGCAACAUCUGCCAGCAUCCAUUGUUCCAGCGUAUUGAUUGGGUCUCGCUGGAAGCCCUGAGAUUAACACCACCACCACCACACAUCCCUGCUCCACCCACCAUAACACACAGCUCCCGGAGGUUUGACAUCGAGAGGAUGGAAGCAAAAAUGGAUUGGUGGGAAAUCGAAAUUGACCAGGAGCUAUUCAGAGGUUUCUCAUAUGUGGGUUCCAUCUUGAGGGCCUCCCACUGAUCACCACUUCCAGCGCUGCAAGGAGAUGGUCAUAACACCUAGAGAUGGAAACAGAUACGAAGGGAUGGAUAUUUUAGUUAUUAUUUUCAUUAUUAUUAUUACUAUUAUUUACUAUUAUCAUUAUUCUUAUUUUUAUUAUUGUUACUAUUACAAUUAUUAUUAC